AUGAGCCUCGCUGAGCCAGCUCAAAUCAAUCCCGCCGCCAUUGCCGGCGACCGACGGAGCACAAUGGGCGACGAGAGGAGCGUUGGUGGCGAUUCGACGCCGCGGGCGAUUGACGGCACGUCAUCCGACCGUCUGGUGGAGCAGGUCAAGAAGGAGAGCAAGAGCAAGAAGCGAAGCCUCUUCGGCUUUGGCAAGAAGAAGCUGGAGGCGUCUCCCAAGGCUGGCCCUGGAAACGAGAGCUCGAGCGUGGCCAAGGAGCCGUCAAAAACACCCACCGCCCGCUCUACCGCUCGAUCAACCACGUCGCCAAUCCAGCUCACCCAUGGCGAGCAUCCGUUUGCCCCUGUUUCUCCAACCCGUGCAUUUUCCGGCUCUCCGAGAAUAUCAUCGCCUGCGACUUCCCAAAUCUUCGAACGUGACGUGCAAGACUACUCCAUCCUAAAAUCGUCAUCUCCAGCCAUCCCAAGCCACAUCCAGACGGAGAACCACAUCCCUCCCGUUCUAGAUGAUGCGUCAGAGGCAAUCACCAACAACAGCUUGGAUCCCGAUAGCGUCGAGAUUGUUACACACUCUUCGCACCAACCUGCUUCGGCGGUCGUCCCUGGCACAAGUGCCAGUCAUACCCCGUACGACCAAGUCUCGACCGACUGGGCCACCGAGCUUGCCUCAUUUGCAGACCGCAUUGGUUUCCCAGCGGACAGUGCUUCCAACUACGGCUCCCUUGACUCUGCUGACGUGCGUCGCCUCUCGUUCAUCUCGUUUGCAGACGUCGUUCAGGCAGAGCACAGCGGCCACCACCUGCCUUCGAUGUCAUCUCGGGAUAACAUGCACAUUGUCGGCCUCACGUCGCUUUCCGCAUCGGCCAUGAACCGGUCGCCAUCACCCAUCCGUUCGCCAGUCUCCAGCCAGGGCCCCGGAACUAGCCCGCCAACAAGCAACCCCGGCAGCAUCAAAGGCUUGGACAUGAGCCCGUCAAGGAAACCGAUUGGCAGCCCAUCCAGUGGGCACUACACUCUGGCGACCCCAGGAGAGCUCAACAUUGAGACAAUGAGCCAGGCACUGAAACGCACAGGAAGCCGAGAUUUCAACAACAGCGUGCGCAGCAAUCCUCAGAGCCCCAUUGAGGCACCAACUUUGCAAUAA